AUGUCGGCCCCUCCCGACACGCCUUCCCAGGCGGACACGGUGCCUGCCAGCCCAGCUACACAGAUCGAUGAUGCACCACCUUCGCCCGUCGGCAGGUCAUUCCUGUCGCAAGCUGGCGACGAAGACAUGCCGGAUGUGACGGAGGACCACGAGCAGAAGAGGUCGCGCAAGUCCAGAACAGCACGAGACAAAGACCUUGCAUCGCAAUUCGGGAGGAUCAGACACCUCAAGAAGGACGACGGCGAUCCGCUGUGGCGCGUGGAUAUCCAGUACGACUUCCUGAAGGAGAUAUUCGACAAUGAGCAAGCCGUCUUCACCAACUCGUACGAAACGAUGCCCAAGCAGAACUUUGCCGACCUGUACAUCGAUACCAUGGCGCGCAGUACCAAGACGAGCAAGGUCUUGCGCGACAAGCUGCUUAGUGAUCGCGAAGUCGCCAAGGGAAUGGCCAUGGUUUGUCUGCUCGUCAACAUGGGUCGUAUGAACACGACGCUCAACUUCUUCCCCGAAAUGCGGGCGCAACUGCGAACAUACCACGCGAUCCCCUCCCUACAGGCUCGGCAAGAUACCAGUGCAGACAAGCAGCUGCAGGACGCGCCGAGACUCAAGUCCAUCCUGAAGGGUGGCGCAGAGGACCGACAGGAGGCCAACUCGCUUGACGCCAUCAAGAACAAGCGAGUUCCCAGGACGAACCCGGUCAAUCUCAUUUUCGUCAUGUGCAACACUGCCUACAUUAUCGCCGAGCUACAUUUCCCUAACGGGGAGGAGUUUCACGAUCUCAUCAUGAAGAAGGAAUACACGAGCAAGUCGAGAGCCAGGGCAUUCUUGUGGCUCAUGUGGUUUCAUCUCGAAUCGGACUUUACCGAAGAGGGCUGCGACGAGAAUCCGUUUGGACCUGGUGUCGACUACGGCUUGGACGUUGCGAACCAGGGCAUCCCUCGACUGGAGCCUGUCGACCCGGACGGACCACCGGAGAAUGUGGACACCCCAGAGGAGAUUGAAUUUGGGCGUGAGAAGCAAGCUACGCGAGCCAAGAUCUUGGAGAUGGAUCAGGCGUACCUCAACGAAAGAGAGAACCGUCGCGGCAAGCUGCGAGUGCCUCUGCCCACGGAGGACGGUCCAGCGAUACUGCCGAGGAUCCGCCCAUCGAAGCACGAGUCCGACAUGGAUAGCACCCGGUCCACGCCGCCUCCGAAAGCUGGAGCCAAGCCCUCGGGAGCUACCAGACGAGGGGCGCCUCUCAAGUAUCAGAUCUACGAGAACUCAUCACCCUCUAGACCUGGCAAUGAGGGUGUUGUCGCCCGCAAACCGCGUCCCCCGACUGCCCAUCAACUGGCAGUCGAACGCAACCGUCACGAGAGGGUCGAGUACAUCCUUGAUCGAGGCCUGCGCAAGCAGCACGCCAAGAAGCGCAGAAUCCGCCGGCAGAAUGGAGCCAUCUUCCGGGCAUAUACACGCGUCAAGGCGCAAGCCAACGGACUGGACGACAGUGAUGAUGACGCGCCUGAUAACGUCCCAGCGCAGCAUCCCUAUCCCUUCCGCGAGAAGGGCGUGAGCGGAGGCCUGAACUCACUCAAGACAGAGGACGAUGAUUUCGGCGAGGAGAUUAGCACGUAUGCAGCUGCUCUACGGCGCGCCACGAGACGACUUGCACGCUGGCACGGCCGCCAUGACGAGCUCGGCGUGAUUGCGCCAGUGAAGAAGCCUCGGGCGGCUAGUGAGGUUAAGGAGGCUGAUAUUCCAAGAGAUGCGAGCCAGGACGCAGGCGUGGACGACAUGGAGAUUGAAGAGGUCGAUCAGACAGCACUGGGAGACGACGAACAGGACGAAGUAGAUCGCACAGAGCUCAUGUCUGAUGUCUGA